GUAAGGUACCUGCGAAAAGGUACCAGGGUGACAGCAGCACCGGUUGCACCCCAAUGACAGCAUCGCGGUCCGCCGAAACCACGGAUUCCUAACGACACAUGUUCGACGACGCGACUCGCCGAGAAAUUGCUCUGUGCCUAUCACCGCCACCACGAGCACCACUACAGCCCUACCAUUCUACUUCCCUCUUUUGCUUUCAUCGCCAACUUGCUGCCUGUUGUCUCAUUGAAGCCACCUUUGUUUUUACAGUGUUAUCCUUUUUUCCCUCUUUUCUCCCUGCAGAGGGUUUGACUUCGUGGCUUCCUCCAUCCAUUCUUAGGCCAAGAUUCCGCAUUCCCUUCGCUAGCACGAUUAUCGCAUUCAAACGGAGAUACAGCCGAUCAACCAGCAUACAAGCCCUCUCGAUCGCGAGUUUUCAUCCAAAGUCCUGCAAGCCAACCCACAUGGCUCUGACUUCCGGCCCUGCCUUUGCUCGAUAAUUACCUCGCCCUUUCCUCGCCGAGACGGUCCCUCAUCCCUGGCGGCCCCAAAGCCACGAUGCCUCGCUCUCGACCCCCCACGACGGGCUACGAGCGCCUAGCUCAAGCCGAUGCCCUCUCCUCCGACUCCGAAGACGACGACCCUCUCACCCAGUCGUAUGCCUCCCUCCAGCCGGCCUCGGCCCCUCGCUUCGCACCCAUCACGCAACCGCGGCCCCGUUCGGGCAUGACCACCCCCAAACCAGCGAUAGCCGGCCCUUCCAGACCUAAGAAUCGCCGUCGCGGCGGCAGCAACUCUGGUGUAGACAUAAAGGCUAUCAAUGCUCGAUUAGAACGAUGGGCCGAUGAGAUCGCCAGCCGAUUCAAGCGCACAAAGGGGCGCGGCAAGACGGGGGAUGAUGAGCAUUUAGAGAUCCAUCAUUCAGUAUUCCAAGCUCCCGAGGGCGUCCGACCCAUUACCCCUGAAGGCCUGGCUGCCCCGCAAGAUGUCAUGUCAAAGUCGCAGUUCGAACAGAUCGUGGGCAGCGUCAGGCAGGCCAUUCUUCAGGGCACGCAUCCUCGAAUGAUCGCACAGGGAAGUUCCGGCAGCUACUUUGCCCGGAAUACGGAGGGCAAGGUCGUGGGUGUCUUCAAGCCCAAGGACGAGGAGCCGUACGCGGCUGGCAAUCCCAAGUGGAACAAAUGGAUCCAUCGGAACCUGUUUCCUUGUUGCUUUGGGCGAGCAUGUCUGAUCCCCAACCUUUCAUACGUCAGCGAAGCGGCAGCAUACACUUUGGACUGCCAACUGCGCACCCACAUGGUGCCUUACACGGAUGUCGUCUGGUUAUCCUCAAAAUCCUUCCACUACCCGUUCUGGGACCGUCGCAGUUUCUACAGAAAACAAAAGCCAUUUCCAGAAAAACCCGGGAGCUUUCAGGUCUUCCUGAAAGGCUUCAAAGACGCCAAUGUGUUCCUCAGAGAACACCCAUGGCCUGACCAGUACUGGUCCGGCUUCAGAACCAACGAUCCACAUCGCAAGCGUAGGAGAAGGUGGGCAGACAACUGCCGGCCGAGCAGUGCGGCAGCCUUGGAUGACAUUGAGAGCGACGAUGAAGGCAGCCGGGAACGGCUACCUCCAGGUCCCGACAACUUUGUGUGGACGGAAGGCUUGAAGCAGUCCUUCCGUGAGGAGCUCGAGAAACUGGUCAUUCUGGACUACAUGAUGCGCAACACUGACCGCGGCCUGGAUAACUGGAUGAUCAAAGUGGACUGGAGCACGCAGCAAGUGUCGAUCGUGUCAGAGCCGCUUCAAAUGAACACAGAAACCGCUUCGUCGGAAGAGAGCGGGCCUCGCCCGGUGGAUUUGAAUCAGCGACCAGCAGCAGAAAGCCGCUCCUCAUACCCCUACAGGACGCAGCAGCCGAUGAAGGCAUCCAGUCCCAAUCCAAGCGCAAAAGAUCCCAAGAUAACGAUUGGCGCUAUCGACAACUCACUCUCCUGGCCCUGGAAACAUCCCGAUGCAUGGCGAAGCUUCCCCUUUGGCUGGCUGUUCCUUCCUGUCGAUCUGAUUGGACGGCCGUUCUCGCAGAAGACGCGAGAUCACUUCCUCCCCCUCCUGACCUCAACGCACUGGUGGAGCCAAACACAGUUGGCGUUGCGAAAAGUGUUUCAACUGGAUCCCGACUUUCAGGAAAAGAUGUUUGCUCGGCAGAUCGCAGUCAUGAAGGGCCAGGCAUGGAACGUGGUAGAGACGCUCAAGACACCGGACCACGGUCCUUUGGAACUCACACGGCGCGCCAAGGUCUGCGUUUGGGACGAUCUUGUCGACGUGCCAGUUGCAGUGCCCAUGCGGGUCACGUCCGCCGAGAUGAUGCGCGAGGCAGAGCUCCGACGCUCCAUUGACGAGGGCGACAUUGGCCAGGCCAACACGUCUGCUGCACCUACCCACCGCGUGGACGAGGACCUGCUAGGCUUCGCUAGUCCCCCGGCCGACAUGCCUCAUCCGGGCAGGUUUGAGCUUGCUCUCAGCCCGACGGGUGAAGGAGCCCAAUCACCGGACGAGAUGUCCAUGAGCGGUUCGGGAAUACUGGCCUCGUCUGCACCGCUAGGUAAUAAGGACGCGGCGUCGCAACGGCCCAGGUUCUCGGGACAACCGCACCGAGAGAGCUACCACGGCACGCGCGCCCUCAACAUGUAUUCUCCCGCUCGUCAGCAGUCCCAGCAGCAGCAGCAGCAGCAAAGGCGAUACUCUUUCGCAACAGCAGCUGGGCGGCGCAACAGCGGCAGCAUCGCGCAGCACCUGUAUGGCUCGCGCCGGAGCAUGGAAGAGUAUGACGAAGAAGACGACGUCGAGGAGGGCGACCUGGGCUAUGCGGCCGCCGAGGGCAUGGAGGGCAACCAACGCAAGGUUAUUGUGGAGAGGCUGGAGCCGGUGAAAGCCAGGAACCCGGUUUUCACCUGCUGGUGAUCCACCCAUCCACUCGGGGGGGCUGCAUCGAGCAAAACAUUACGGGGGGGGCGGCACGGAGUUGGAGAGGAGUUGGAGCUGGGUUAUCGGUUGGUGGGGUCCCUUUUUUUCUCUUGCUCCGCCUGCGGUUGUCCCAUGCUAGGGAAGGGGUCCCGGGGUGGAGAGAGAGGAGGAGAAGGAGGAGGAGUCGAGAAAGCGGUGUUAUGCCCCCCUCUCUCUCUCUUCCUCCUUCUUUUUUUGCUUUAUUCCCACUUGCUUGCUUUGGGGCGGUUAUUACCACCGAGUACGAAAUAAGGGGAACCAGGGGAGGGGGUUUGUUGGGUUCAAAUUUCGGAUCGUGUGUCAAGAAUAGUUGACUAACCCCUCCUCCUCCUUCUCUUCCUUCCCCCGAUCCCACCCUUCAGCGCGUCAGCACAGAAGAGAAGAGAAGAGAAAUCAUGAUACACAUGGCAUUUGGUGGCGUUUCUUGUGCAUUCGUCCCUUGACGUAGCGUGGCUGGGCACAUAAGAGAGAGAGGGAAAAAGAGAGACCUUUGGUCGCAGGGACAGACAACACGAAACCGGACGGCGGACAACAGCCAGAGACAUGAUGAGGGAGACAUAUGAUGACAACACGACACACUACAUAGUAUCACACAACCACGCGAGGGGAGACGUGGGCCCCCAACAGGCCGCAGAGUCAGACCCAUGGUCAGAAGAGGAGACAGGACUCUCAAAGGACAUCGUGAGAUGAACAAGGGUUGAAGGGAUAAGCGCAGAUGUGAGAAGAAGACGAAGGAAAAGCAAAGAAUAGGGGAGGCUAGUAAUGGGCCGUAAAGUGAGGGGGGAGAGAGAGAGUUGCAUCCGUACCUACAUUUGCUAUUACUGUUGGUCCUGUUUUCCUUUUUGCGGGAGGUUGGAAAGAGGGUUAAGGAAAGAAAAAAUAACAGGGCGCGCAUGCAAAUGACCUUUUUCGGCAACUAGGAAAAAAAGUCCCUUUUUUUUUCCUGGGUUGAAUCAGGCAAGGAUUUCCAACUUGGCCUUGUCACCUUAGACCUACAUAUCUGUACCUUUUCGCGCGCCCAUCCGGUUCAGGGGAUGGGAGAGGGGGGCUUAUGCACCAAGCGGCGUAUUCUCGUAAUUCCAAACAUGGUACCAAAGAAAGAAGGGAGAAAGAAGCAAAAAUACAGAGAGGACUUACCCAAAGAAAGCCCAGGUCUUCACAGCACGGACAAAGGCCGCGAGACACCUUGUAAUGACACAUUUUGCAGGACGAGGACGAAAAGAGAUAAUGCAUUGUGCCACCAGGAUAGAAAGUGACUGCUCAAGUCACACAGCAGGAGGCCUAGUUAGACCGUUGGGACGAUGACGGUCCGUUCUCGACGAGUUGCGCCGGUUGUCUUUUGCUGUCAAUGCUCUUCGAAGCUUGCCAAAGGUAGAUAUUCGAAUCCUCUGGAGAUUGUCAUCCAUCGGUCAUCAGCCGUGAUCUCAAGUCGCGUUUCACGGAGAGCGAAGAUGGCGGUAGCGGCGCGGCCGCUUCCCUUCGUCAUUGCUGGCCUGGCGGGCUGUACUCCGUACACAAUACACGGUAGGUAUGUGUGUGCGUGCGUGUGAAUGGGCGUGAGUGUGCCAGGGUACCGCCCAACCCGUGAUCUGUGCGCGCAAGAAUAAUAUUAUAGGAGGGGUGGGCGUCGGUAUUACGUCCAAAUUCCGCAUCGUCGGUAGAUGGCAGAAGAGAUGAAAGAGGAAAAGUCGAUUCAUGUGCCCAUGGCCGCAGUAAAGCCGCAGUCGCAGCCGCAGCCGCAGCCGCACCUUUCAUCUCCUUUCUACGAAUACCCGGAAAAGAGAGCGCGAGAGGUAGGACUCGCCGGCUCGCAGGACCGGCACCGCGCGCUCCAUGCCUUUUCAGAAAGUCAGCUCGCAACACCAUGGUCUU